AUGAGCGGCGCCAGCAUCACAGCAGUGUCGUGGUGUUUUGGUGGUGUGGCCCUGGGGGUCGUGGCGGUCCGGUUAUACACACGCGUGGUGGCUCUGCGACGUGCUGGCUGGGAUGACACCUUCAUCACUUUGUCACUGGCAAGUGCCCUGAUAUGUUCAGCCCUGGUUCAAGUCGCCGUUUCUUACGGACUAGGACGCCAUCUGAACGACAUUUCGAAUCCGGAUCAGCAAGUUCAGGCGAUCAAGUACACAGUCAUAGCACCCAACUUCUCUGUGAUCAGCACCACAACUGGUAAGAUAAGUGUGACUAUCUUCCUACUCCGGCUCAUGGGGCAAUCUGCAUCCGCGCCGCGCCGAUGGUUCCUAUAUAUCCUCAUGGUAGUUUCCAUAGCGUGGAAUGUGCUGGCUAUCGUGGCCAUCAUUGGAUUCUGCCGACCCUCAGAGCGUAUCUGGAAUCAGAAGGUAGAAGGUUCCUGCUUCAGUCUCAACUUUCAAUUGGUUGCCGGGAUAUCCCAGGCAGCCUUUAACGCGUUCAACGAUCUGGCCCUCGCCCUUUUCCCAGCGUAUAUCUUUUGGCGCGUCCAGCUCGCCUUCAAGAUGAAGUUCGCAAUAAUCUCCGUCAUGGGAGCCGGUAUCUUUGCCGCGGCGGCCACGGUGGUCAAGUGCAUUCUGCUCAAGAACCUUCCCGCCCAUGCCGACAUCACCUGGUCUUGGGCCGACAUCACUAUCUGGUAUACGAUCGAGGUGACUAUCCCUGCACUAUCCACGCAACCCCAGCUCAUUGACACAAUUAGAUUGGUGCUGCAACGCUCCCGCAAGAGUUCGGCGUACAUGCGCUCAGAAUCGACCCCUCGACAGAAACCAAUCCCCCUUUUCCGCCGUGCCCCAGAUGCUUCGUUAUUCGCCACUCAAACCGAGACAAAAGUCGACCGAGGAGACAGCCGUCAUUCCAGUCAGGAGAAUAUAUUGGGAAAUACCGGAAUACACAAGACGACAGAGGUUCGCGUGUCUCAAGAGCCUCGACAGGAAAAUGAGGGAAACUCGCAUUUCCCUCAAUUGACUCCCUCCUGGGGGCCUUCAAAUAGGCCUUCAUGUGGAAAAUGA